GCACAUUUUAAGUUUAAUAUUCAGCCAACAAAAAUGGAAAAAGUCCGGAAAUCUAUUAAGAGGGAAAGUCCCUCUGAUGAAGAGUUCAUCUCAAAAGAGGAUUUGGAGGCGGAAAAGCCGGUGCAGAGCGGCAGUUCCAACGAGGAAAGCGAUGAGGAGACGGAGGAAGGUCGUCAGGAUCAGAAAAAUGUGGAUGACAUCAUCUCGGAGAUGGACGAGGAAAAGGACAAGGAGCAGGAGGCGAUUUGUGUGCUGGAUAGAAACAGCGAGGAGUAUAAUCGCAAUAUGUACGAACUAAGUCUCCUCUCGCCAGCUGCCAUGGCACUUCAAAUCCAGCGGCUGGAGAACGAGCUCUACGAACUUAGCCAGCGGGAAGCCAGGGAACUCACCCGGAGCAAACACCUGCGCAUCUUCGGCAACUCCCGCCGUCGCUCCAACAAGUGA